GAUAUUUCUAGAUUUCAACUGAUUUCAACCUUAUCUAUGAUUUCAAUUCAAGCAUGACUUAACCUCACAAUUGCUCACAAUGUUUUUAUUGUUUUUAUUACCUAAUUACUAGAUUCACAGUAGGUAGAUCACAGUAGAUUUAUUAAACGAAUACUGUGCAUUGUGCAUGUAUUAAAAACGUGCUGUUGUAUUUCAAAAUGAAUUCAAAUGAGAAUUUAGAAAAUGCUUUGUAUGUGUGUACCUUUGAAGGGUGCAAUAAGUAUUUCAAGAAACGGAGUAAACUUACUUACCACAGUGGAAAGCACACGGGCAAAAGACCGUUCAAGUGUGAGGUGGAAAAUUGUAACAAAAGUUAUACAAAUCCUGCCCAUUUACGCAGGCAUAAAAAAAUAACUCAUGAUAAGUUUGUUAAGGCAGAAAGCAUUUUAUGUACAUAUGAAGGUUGUUUACGUAUUUUUUCAAACAGAUAUAGCUUAAAAAAGCAUUGUAAUUUGAAGCACAAUGCUAAUAGGAAGUUUCCAUUUAAUUGUAAACAAUGUAGUGAAGGUUUUACGAGAAAAAGGCAACUUUUGAAACACUCAUACGUGCAUACAGGCAUUGCUCCUUUUAAGUGUGACCAAUGUGAGGCAAGGUUUUUGACAAUGGUUGAUUGUAAUAGGCAUAAACGUACUCAUACUGUUUAUACUUGUGAAUGUGGAGAAAAAUAUGAAAGAUGGUUGUUUUUUUUAAGUCAUAAAAAGGAAUGUGCACAAGCAAGACCAAAAUGUACUGUUUGUUCAAAGUCUUGUUCAAACAGCACUAACUUGAAAAUUCAUGAACUAGUACAUAAAGAUAAGAUGGAGAAAGAUGUUUUUCCAUGUAUCUAUGAAAACUGCACAAGAUUCUAUUUCUAUAAGAAAAAUCUGCAUCAUCACAUAAGUGAGUUUCACAAAAAAGAGAGGAAUGAGCCCAAAAUCCCUUGUGUUUUUGAAAACUGUAAGCAACUCUUCAAAAAGAAGCAAUAUUUAAAAAAUCAUUUGAAGAAUGUCCAUAUGAAAGAAAAGAAGAUAAAACAGAAAAAAGAAAGAAAAGAUAAAAAUGUACCAAGGAAAAGUUUAGCUGGCAUUUUAGCAGAUGUAGAUUUACCAGUUAAUCCUUCUGAAGAAGUAAUUUCUAAUAUAUUUUUAGACGCUAUUGAGGAACAUAAUGAAGUGUAAUAUUUAAGUAUGUGAUGUAUAAUAGCAGACUAAUAAAUUAGUAAUCAAAGGUAAA